AAGCAGGCGCGCCGCUCACAUGACUGAGAAGCGGAAGCACUGCGUCAUUCCAAUAUGGCGUCGUGCUGAGUUUGUAGAUCAGCAACACAACUAAAAGUCUGUCGACUGCACAGUUAGCUUUCAGACCCUCCACUGAGAUUCAAAAAUGCCCACACAGGAGGUAAGGUAAAGAAAACCCCUGAAACGUCUUGACAACUCGGAGGGAGCCCAGCAGCGUCCAGGAGAAGAGCUCUGAGGACGCCUCUGACGUCGCUUUGCGUUUUCCAGCAGUGAUGUCACUGACGGAUGUUUCUGCCGACACAACACCCUUCUUCUCAGAUGAUAAUGAGGGGGAGGGGCCUACUGGCAAUGGGGUGGGUUCACCUCCGCCCGAGGAGGAGGAGUCUGCCAGCGGAGUGUCUGAUAGAAGAGCUAAAGUGACCGUGGUUGUACUCUGCUACAUCAAUCUACUGAACUAUAUGGACAGAUUCACUGUGGCAGGUGUACUUCCAGACAUUGAGAAGUUCUUCAGCAUGAGCGAUGGAAAAUCAGGACUACUUCAGACAGUCUUCAUCUGCAGUUACAUGAUCUUGGCUCCUGUGUUUGGAUACCUGGGCGACAGGUAUAACAGGAAGUACAUCAUGUGUGUGGGAAUUUUUUUCUGGUCCCUAGUGACAUUAGCCAGCUCCUUCAUUGGCAAAGAAAAUUUCUGGGCGUUGUUGUUGACGCGAGGGCUGGUGGGUGUUGGGGAGGCCAGUUACUCCACCAUUGCUCCCACCAUCAUCGCUGACCUGUUUGUCAAGGAGAUGAGGACCAACAUGCUCUCCAUUUUCUACUUUGCGAUCCCAGUGGGCAGUGGUCUGGGUUAUAUCGUGGGCUCAAAGGUGAAUGAGGUGGCUAGUGAUUGGCACUGGGCUCUUCGGGUGACCCCUGGUCUGGGGCUGCUGGCAGUGAUCCUCUUGUUUUUGGUAGUUCAGGAACCGAAGCGUGGUGCGAUCGAAGCUCGUCCAGAGCACACGCUGCACAGAACCAGCUGGAUGACGGACAUCAAAGCACUCUGCAGGAAUCCAAGUUUUUUUCUGUCCACGUUGGGCUUCACGACUGUGGCCUUUGUGACAGGAUCACUAGCCCUGUGGGCCCCUGCCUUUUUAUUCAGAGCGGGUGUCUUCACUGGAGAGAAGCAGCCAUGUUUCAAAGCCCCCUGUGACAACUCUGACAGUGUGAUUUUUGGCAUCAUCACAGUUGUGUCAGGCAUCUUGGGAGUAGCAGGUGGAGUGCAGGCGAGCAAGAAGCUGAGGACCAGGACCCCUCGAGCCGAUCCAUUAGUGUGUGCUGCAGGACUCCUCCUCGCUGCUCCCUUUCUCUAUCUGUCCAUCAUGUUUGCUCAGGCUAGCACUGUGGCCACAUAUAUCUUUAUUUUCCUGGGUGAAACAUUCCUGUCUAUGAACUGGGCUGUUGUUGCGGAUAUCCUACUGUAUGUUGUGAUCCCCACACGGCGCUCCACGGCGGAAGCGUUUCAGAUUGUCCUCUCACACUUGCUGGGUGACGCUAUCAGCCCUUACCUCAUAGGAGUGGUGUCGGACUCAAUAAAGAAGUCGGAUUCAUACAUGUGGGACUUUCGUUCACUUCAGAUGUCACUCCUGCUGUGUUCCUUUGUGGCUGUGGUGGGUGGAGCUUUCUUCCUCGCCACGGCCCUCUUCAUUGAAAAAGACCGACAUCUGGCGGAGAACUACGUCCCCUCUGAUGAUGCACCAAUUAUUGUUCCAAAGAGAGGGAGGUCCACUAAAGUCUCAGUGUCAAGUGUUUUAAUUUGAGAUGGCACAAGGAUUUGGACUGUUCUCAUCACGGGGAACAGCACUCUGAUUGGAGCAGGCAGCUAGAGCCAGUCCUGGAGCAGCAAACACUGAUUGGACUAUCUCCACAAUAAGGAGUUUUAUAGUAAUUUAUUGUGCUUAUGUUUUUGUUUAUAUCCUUAACACCGUUAUUGAUUUGGGAACAUUUUGCACUAAAAAAAAUAUCAUUAACAUCUUACCUGGUAGUCCUGGAAAAAAAAAAAAGCAAAGCGGGUAUAUGUUGGGAACAUUUCAUUACCUUUUAUUGAAACGCCUGAAGAUGUGUUUUAGGAUUCAUGUAAAUUAUAUUUUAGAUGUUUUUAUUGAAGGGGAUCUCGAUUGAUUUGGCAGACUAUAGGUUCUUAAGUCAGUUAACUAAAACAAAGGUACUUUCGGAAUUCUGUUGCAUUUGUUUUCAUCGACGCAGGACUGUGACUAAGAACUAGCAGAGUCGGACUGAAUUCUGUAUGUGAUCUGCUUUUGCAAACUAAAGUCUUUUCUUCUAUGCUAA